CACGCGGCGGUGGCCAAGAUGGCGGCGCCCGUGUCGCUCUGUCAUGUCGCCUGCUGCGCCAACCGGGCGGGUGGCGGGGCCGUAUCUUGGGGCCGUGGCGGCCUCUUCGCCUUCGGCAGCUGCCACGACGUUGUCCUCUACGACCCUGCGGCGAGGCGGGUGGCCGCCACCCUCCGGGGCCACGCCGGCAGGGUGAACUGCGUGCGCUGGGUCCGCCGGCGGGACCGCGCUUCUGAAACAGAGUUAAUUUCUGGUGGAUCUGAUAAACAACUUAUUCUUUGGGACUGGAAUGGUGUAGAAACAUGGAAUAAUCAGCCUGUCAAAAGCGUUCCCCUCAAAGGCCACACGGAAGCCGUUUGUGCUGUGGAUGCUCUCUACCAGUCAGAUGAACCUGACCUAAACCUGCUAAUAGCUUCUGCAGCUUCUGACUCCACUGUGAGAAUCUGGUCUCGGCAUGGUUCAGAAGCUAAAUGCAUUGAAAUUCUACAGUUUGGAAAUGGAUUUGUUAUGGAUGUCUGCUUAUCCUUCUUGCCUGGCAGCAAUGUACCAGUUCUGGCUUGCGGUGGUGACGACUGCAAAAUAAGUUUGUUCACACAGCAGAAUGGUCAGUUUCAGAAAACAUUAAUACUCCCUGGACAUGAAGAUUGGAUAAGAGGUGUUGAGUGGGCAGUCUGUGGGGAAGACCUUUUUCUAGCAAGCUGUGCUCAGGAUUGUUUGAUAAGAAUUUGGAAAGUGUGUACAAAAUCAAAGCAACUUCCAGAAACUGAAGAUGAUUCCAUAAGAUUGAAAGAGAAUGUUUUUACUGUCAAAGAUACUGACACAUCAUAUGCAAUUACUUUGGAGUCGGUAUUGGCUGGUCAUGAAAACUGGGUGUAUGCAGUUCACUGGCAACCUUCAUUUUCCAAAGGUGGCAGCAUGCAACAACCAAUGAGGAUAUUGUCUGCAUCAAUGGACAAAACUGUGAUCAUCUGGGAGCCUGAUAAGGAAUCUGGAGUCUGGCUAGAACAGGUACGGGUAGGUGAAGUGGGUGGCAAUACUCUUGGAUUUUUUGACUGCCACUUUAGUCCAGAUGGUUCGAUGAUCGUUGCUCAUGCUUUUCAUGGAGCACUACACCUUUGGAAACAGGCUACGAUUAAUAAGAAAGAAUGGACUCCAGAAGUUGUGAUUUCAGGACAUUUUAACAGUGUAGAGGAUGUAAAGUGGGAUCCAGAAGGAGAGUUUAUCAUCAGUGUGGGCUCUGAUCAAACUACUAGACUCUUUGCUCCAUGGAAAAGAAAAGAAGAGACACAGGUAACCUGGCAUGAAAUCGCAAGGCCUCAAGUUCAUGGAUACGACAUGCGUUGUCUGGCAAUGGUUGGCCGGUUUCAGUUUGUGUCAGGAGCAGAUGAAAAAGUGCUUCGAGUUUUUCGUGCUCCCAGGAAUUUUAUAGAAAAUUUCAGUAACAUCACUGGUAUUUCAAUGGAGAAGCUGUGCUCCCAUCAGUCAUCUGAUCUUCCAGAAGGUGCAACUGUGCCAGCGUUGGGAUUAUCCAAUAAAGCUGUUUUUGAAGGAGAUAUGGCUCUUCAACCAGCAGAGGAUGAAGAAUCAUUUAAUACAAUUUCGAAUCAGUAUCCUGAGAUUUAUUUUCAACCCAUGAUCCUUACAGAACCUCCAUCAGAGGAUCACUUGCUGCAGAAUACCUUAUGGCCUGAAAUUCAGAAGUUAUAUGGACAUGGAUAUGAAAUAUUUUGUGUUGCUUGCAAUAAUUCAAACACUGUAAUUGCUUCAGCAUGUAAGGCUUCCAAAAAAGAACAUGCAGCAAUUAUUUUGUGGAGCACUACUUCUUGGAAAAAACUGCAGAGUUUGUCUUUUCACAAUCUGACUGUUACUCAGCUGGCAUUUUCUCCUAAUGACAGAUUUUUACUAGCAGUUUCUAGAGACAGGAAUUGGUCACUGUGGAGGAAAGAAGACUCCUCAGAGUCAGGAGCAGUCUUCGCUUGCUGUUCAUACACAGACAAAAAUACAGCUGUUCACAGUCGAAUCAUUUGGUCUUGUGAUUGGACACCAGAUAGCAAGUAUUUUAUUACUGGUAGUCGGGACAAAAAGGUCGUUAUCUGGGGCCAGUGUGAUUUAUCUGUGAAUAUUGAAGGGAAUAUGCUGGAUUUAGUCAAGCCUUGUUCAACAGUACUAGAUGCUGGGGAUUCUGUAACUGCUGUUAGUAUCAGCCGUGUGCUUACCCCCGAUGGAAGAUAUAUUGUUGCAGUAGGCUUAGAGAUUGGGAAGAUUGUCUUGUACACGUGGAAGCAAAGUGGACAAGAACUGGCAGCAGCUGACUGGACCACAUGUGUUGAGAUAGGUAACAGCCAAAGUCAUGCUCUUGCUGUGAAGCGUUUAUGUUGGAGACAUCAUGCAGGCAGAGCUGGACAUAAUGAUCAGAACAGCAGCGAGUGGUUGCAGCUUGCAAGUUGUGGAGCUGAUCACUGUGUUAAAGUAUUCAAUGUCAACAGAUUUGCUCUUUAGCAAAGACAGCAGGCCUGUCUGUGCCAAACAGAUUCACAAUAUUUUAUGUCAACUUUUAGCCAUUUUGAUUAUUGAAUUUUCUGUUUUCUGCUCUGGGAAGUGAAACAUCUGACAUGUAACUUAUUAAAGCAACUUUGGUGGAAGUUUGAAAUGUCAAAUAUUUUUAUAAUCCUGCAGUUCUGGAAAUAUGAAAUAUUUUAUAUGUUUUGGUUGGUGGAUAUCCUGGAACUGAGGCAUGGGAGAUGGGAGAAGGAUAAUGAGACAGCUUUAGUCACUGGCUCCAAGGGUGGGUGGGAAGCUGGCGACGCUUGGGUUAUGUACUUGGGAUUCCAAGUGGAGUACUGAAUUUUUUUUAAACUCCUAUUCCUAUCAAACUUUUACUGUCAAUUGGCUUGCCAGUGCUGACGUGUUUCAGGAUGUGCAGUCAAACAGAGAUCAGAGUUAAACGUACAGCUUUCUCUGAUUGCCUUCUGAAUGUGUAUUACAGUCUUGUUCCAAGUCUUAGGCCACCUGACGUUAGAAGGAGUAGUUGUGUCUGUAUGCUUGGACAGGCCUGCGUGUUUGAUUUUAUUCCUUUAUUCUGCUGUGCAGAGUGCUGAGCUUGUGCUUCUUGGUCAUGUGGGGCUUAAAGCCAAACUCACAGACCAUUUAAAUCUUCUGAUAUCUCCCCUGUGUACCAGUGAGCUCUCUCUGAAGAGAGGGCUGUAGAAGAGCCACCUCUUAAUCUCUUGGAGGGCUGUCCUCUACAGUUUGGACUGGAAAAACUUACAGAUAUCACUAGGCAGGAGCUAAAAGGAGGCAGCCAUUCCUUACCACUGCCUUUGGACUCUUCCUGACUUUUGACAGCUCCUUAU